CACGUGGAUUUGCAGGACGCCAUUUCUGUACCCAUACAAGUCAGGGUUUGCAAUUUCGCGACCAUCAUGAGCUUCGAUGGAAGUAAAGGGCCGCCCCAAAUUGAAGGAAUGACUAGCUUAAAAGUCGACAACCUUACUUAUCGUACUACUGUGGGGGACUUGACACACGUUUUUUCAAAAUAUGGCGAUCUUGGCGACGUUUACAUCCCGCGCGACCGCUACAAACAAGAAUCCAGAGGGUUUGCUUUCGUACGAUUCUACGAGAAGCGAGAUGCUGAAGAUGCAAUGGAUGCCUUGCACGGAACUAUCAUCGAUGGACGAGAAAUCCGCGUGCAGAUGGCAAAGUAUGGAAGACCAUCAGAUCCCUAUAAACCUCGAAGUAAUCGUCAUAGACAAUCAUCAUCCUACAGCAGUUCGAGGUAUCGAUCACGUUCUCGUUCUCCUCGACGCAGGUAAAAGUGUUUGUGAAAUUUUUGUUAUUUCAAAGAUCUUGAUAAACUAUUGUCAACUACUAAUUGACUUAAGUUAUUAAAUUGAGUUAAAUUUGGGUUUCUAGACUAGUAGUGGAUCUCCGACAGAAGUGUCACGGCUCUUUGUUUACAGGGCCCUCGACAGUUUGAGAAAAGCUUGCUGAAAAUACUCUCAUUUGUUUUAGUUGCCAGCAAUUGCAAGAAGUUAUAUGAAACUGAUCGCUUGUGACUAAGUUUCUUCUUGAAAACUUAAUCUUGUUCCCAGAGCUGCGGUCAGUAAGUUCCAGGUGAAACCAUAUAUCCUAAUAUCUGAUCAUCCAAUUAAAAAGAGUAUGUAAACAAGUAAAAAGAAAACCUAAUUAGGAGAAUGCAAGAGCCUUUCAAUUUGUGAUGCUGAUACAGAGCAUUGUGACUCUCUGAGUAAAAUUGCAGAAAAUGAGCAACAGGAUACUUAUGUCAGUUUUGUGUUAUCCUUAGGGCUCGCCGAUCACGUUCCAGAUCUCCCCGGCGUCGUUCAAAGUCUCGAUCCCGCUCACCACGCAAAGCUCGCUACAGUGGCUCACAGUCACCAAGAAAACAGGAAAGCCGUUCUCGUUCCAGAAGUCCUCGCCGCAAACGAUCCCACUCUAGGUCCCGUUCAAAAUCUGGUUCAAGACCCAGACAGUCUCGUUCCAAGUCUCGUUCUCAUUCCAAAUCUCGUUCAAGAUCACCCCGGAACAAAACAUCAAGGUCUCCUUCUAGGUCUCCAAAACAGAGAAGGUCAACAUCCCCAGAUCGCACUACACAAGAUCAUGAUGACAACAUUGAUGGUUCUGGGGAGCAACAACAAGAAAGUGCUGAUGCUGAAAGAAGAGAAAACAAUGCUUAUGAUUAAACAACCCAGGCUUUCUUUAGACUUCUUCAACAAUUUAUAGUAAUCAGUUUUUUAAAGUAUUCUCUUCCAGGCUUUGUUGCUGUUGUGGAGAUGGGGAGUAGACUUUUGUUGCUGAGCAUGGAGGGAAUGGACUGGGAAUUCUUCUGUUUUAGGUAGAGAUUCCAAAGUUAUAGUGUGCUUUUGAUAUCACACACUUGUUAGCUUAUUAGGGAAAAAACAGUUUUCUAGUACCUUUGUGAUGGCUCCUCCUUCAAAUACCCCAUUAGUGCAGAAAUGUAUGAGGUUCGUGUAGAACAGUGACUAUUAUGUGUUAGCAGAAAACCCAAAGGACUCUAUUUGGAACCCCACUGUCCAGGAUCAUGGAUACUUUGUCUGCAAAGCAUGACUAGAACUUGAAUUUUAAUUUUUUUCUCUGCCUUACUAUGUGUAAUCACCAGUUACUACCGAACAAAUUAAGAAUUAGUUUCUUUGUUUCCAUUUUGAAUAAAUGUAGAGGAAAGAAUUUUUUUAGAGAUUUAGUUAGAAACUCUCUCAAGUUACCAUAGCUUCUCUAGACCCAAGAAUCCAGGUAUAUAUUCUUGAGUUGAACUUCAGCAAAACAAGAAUAGUGUUUAUAUACUUCAAAUUUUGACAAGAAGUAGAGUUUCCUACAAAUGUGUAAGGGUGCUCUUGAAACUAGAAUCAUAACAAUGUGUCUAUUAGCCAAGAUGCAUUAUCUCAGUAGAGAUUAGGCUCUGCUCACAAAGACCUGCAAAGAGUUCAUUUUUUUCUCUUAGGGUAAUGUAAGUGACUUGUUUACUGAAGGGCUUUAAAAGAAUGUUGCAAAAGUUUUGUCAAACACUAAAAUAUUGAGAGUUACAUGAGAUGUGUUUAUAGACAUUAGUAUGAUUUAAAUUUUUUAAUUUUAUAUGAAUUGUUUGGUAUUUUGGGCCUUCGAAAUUAAGAGUUGGUAGGAACAGUCAUGUGAUCAACUCCAAAUAAUGGCAAUAGCCUGUGUGUUUCAUUGGAGAGUGUUAUAAUCUUACCAUAUUCAUUCAUAACUUUGUUAUCUAGUAUGGCCUUGGCAUGGGCCAGUUUGAGCUUUUAUCAGCAUUUUAAUUGAUUUUCCUUGAUGUGGAAUUUUUUUCAUUGAAUGAGUGGUUUGAACUUUGUGUGGUUGUUAAAGAUAAUUUUUUUCUUACAAUAACUGCUGGAAAGAAUUGAGAUGUUAUUCAGUUCUGAAAAUUAUGUUUAUAUUAUGCUCAUUGUGAUGAGUGUUUGAUUUAGGCUAUUUUCUGUACUUAGUGUGAAAAACAUUAGGUAAGUUAGGGCCUCUUCAUCUAGGUGUGACAGUCAGGCUGAUUAAUAUUAAGUACAAAUUUUGUUGAUUUUUCUUAUUGCAAAAUUUCAUCUUGGGUUCUAAGGUGAGACUUCAAGCUUAGCACAGUAAAUUUUGGAAAUUUCAGUUCAGUGGCUGAGAUGAACAAGGUGCAGUCAUGUGUUGCCUCUCUAACCCGACUUAAAUGGGAAAUUUUCUAUCUGAGGUACUAAGAUCUUGGUGACUGGAACAGCUUGCCUAAUUUUCUAAACUAGAGAAAUUUUCCAAGGAAAGGGGAAAGAUCUUAGAAGCUGUGUAAGUCUGGUUGACUGGACUUAUUUGAGGAGGCUCUAGAAAGUAAAGGUAUUUGCAAGUUAUUAUUUUUUUUGUCAAUUUGAUGUUAAAAUUAUCAUAUCAACCUUUCCUGUAGGCGCAGUUUAUUUAUACUUGCUGUGUGGGUUGACUGGUCAUGCAGUGUUUUGCUGUUUUCUGCUGUUGCCGAAGGAGCCCAUGCUGUUGCAGACUCCUGUUGGCGUUGUUGCCGUCCAGUUUCCUGAUUGGUGGCUGUUCGUCAAUCUUACUGUUCCUUUAAACCCCUGAAAGCUCAAUUGAUUAUCACAACUUCCAAAAUUUCCUCCAAAUCUAAGUCAAAUACGCAGCUUGAAAAAGUGCAGGAAAAUAUAUUUCGUUAAGCAAAAUAUCCCAACCACCUCGGGCGAAAAUUAAGGGACACUGCAAGAGGCUCUGAUAGGGAACUCCCCUCUUAGAUUUCAUUUGGCGUAAAAAUUAAUUAGUUCCCACUUUUUUUCUAUCCAAAAGUGACAAGGAUAAUCUUUAAGGGGCUCAUUUUAACAAAACGCUUCCAAACUAUUUGACAAAUACGAGAAAGAUUCUCACUGGAAGUAACAUGCACACACAAGUUAGCGGUAACCAUGAUUAGCAUGAGGAUCAUGUGUCAUCUGAACUAUCUACCUUCCAAGUAGCAUGGUGUUCCGAAUUUUGGCUCAAUUUGGUCAAUGUAUUCUUUCUUCAGUCUUCCAUAUUGGAAAAUUUGAUCGUCUAAACAUUCCAAGGGGACCUCGUACGAUUAGCAAAUUUUUAGAAAGUUUAUCGCAUUGCAGGUGGGAUCGAAGAUGGUUCACAGAGAUAGAAUGCCGACGUUUCGAGCGUUAGCCCUUCGUCAAAGCGAUUGGCUCUGACGAAGGGCUGACACUCAAAACGUCAGCCUUUAAAAACUUUACAAUGACCAAUUUAUGUUAUCAACUCAGCUGGUAACAUUAAAGUACCCCGUUAUAUUCUCCCACCGACGCAGUGUCACAGUUUCUUUACGAACUUACCUCUUCUACUCGAUGGUUCGUUGACUUGCGUUCAACUUACAUUAUCGCAGGGAAGUCUGGCUCAUACUUAGAGUGUAUUGUUGUCUUUGAACUGAUCGAUGCCACUGACAUUCUCAGUAGUAAUACGAAGAACAGUUUGAAGAUGUUAGGAGAUCCGUCUAGGGGUAGUUAGAAGUGGUCGAGAACGCUCAAACGUGACGAUGGCGAUGUAGUGUGGGGCGGAGGUAAGAAUUUUCAGUGAAGUGCAGUGUAGAAGAGUAGGAAGCAGGCUCUCGCACUGUGUCUUUGCUGUCACCUCUUCUUUACAGAUUGGAGUUGCGUAAACCUGUAGGACCUCGUUUAGCUACACUUGGAGUAGUUGUCAAGUUACAUUUUCUAAAUUGGCUCUCGUCAGAGGAAGGGCCAAAGAGAAGUGGUACCGGUCGACGUUGAGUCUUUGAAGCAGCUGAAGGAUUAGCGAUGUGGCGGCCAUGUAGCUUUCUUGAGCAGCGUAAGCGUGGUAAGUCUCCCUGUGUGGACGAAGAAUGCCCGACUAGCCGAAGGAGCGUCGGCGAAGGAGACGAGACACCAUGAAAAUUGGUCUCCGGUUCACUGAUCACUGAUGAACAUCGGUAGUAAAUGCGACGUAGAGAACGAGGCAAAUAAAAG